UUAACGAUUGUAGUAUUUGUGACAUUGUAUGAAUAUUUUUUGCAUUUAUAUUAUUAUAUUACAAUAACUAAAAAAUAUUUAAAAAUCAUCAUGACUGAUGAUGUAAAAGAUUAAGAUUUAUAUAUGUAUUAUUUACUAAGAUAAUACCAGCAUAAUACAGUUCAUAUACCGCAACCAUGUCAGCCCGAGAAGAAAUAUUUGAUAAAAUUGAAAAAUUUAGAACCAGUGUUAUUUCAGCAUUAACGGAAAUUGCUGAACUCGAUGUGACAUGUAAAUCAAUUCUUGAGCAACAUCUUAACGAUUCGAACUCCUUGAAUUCUAAAUCUAUUCUAAAAAUACAAGCAGUUAUUGAUUAUAUGUAUGAACAAGUAAAUAUUGGUAAUUGGAAGGAAGUAAGGUUAUAUUUGAGAAAAACCUUAACUGUUGCGACUUUCCUGCGUCUUAAAGCACAUUUAAAAGUUAAUGACAUUAUGUCAGACGACAUAAUAAAGGAAGCUCUUCACAUAAUUGAUUUUGGAAUAUUGUUUGGUUGCCCUCUUGAUGCUGAACCAAAUUUGUUACAACUGUGUGCUUCAUGUCUCCACUCCUACUUAAAACUUGAUGACCAACAUGAUGUUACAGAAAGAAAAAUCAUCAUCAAUAGUGAAACUCAAUCUAAAAGUCCAUAUAAUUGCAAAGUAUUGGACGUAUUGGAUUGCCCGAGUAUGGAACAUUUCUUCAGAAGUUACAUUCUGGCUGAAAAGCCUAUUGUUUUAGACAAUUGUCUAAGUCACUGGCCAGCAAUUACAAAAUGGCAAGAUCAAAGCUAUUUUAUUAAAUUGGCUGGAUUACGAACAGUAUCAAUUGAGCUAGGAAAAGAUUACACAGAUUCCAAUUGGACCCAGAAACUUAUGACUCUAGAGGAAUUUAUAAAAAAUCACAUUUAUAAUGAAAAUGGAACUACGGGAUAUCUUGCUCAAUAUCAACUCUUUGACCAGAUUCCUGAGCUGAGGAAAGAUAUUAUAGAACCAGAAUAUUGUUGUUUCUCGGAAACUAAUGAUCCAGUAGAUGUCAUGGCAUGGUAUGGCCCCAAGGGUACGGUGUCACCACUACACCAUGACCCAAAGAAAAAUUUAUUGGCACAAGUUGUUGGAGAAAAACUAGUAUUUAUAUUUUCACCACAGGAUUCUGAAUAUUUGUAUCCUCAUGAACAUGAGUUAUUAAAUAACACAGCCAGAAUUGAUCCAAGAACACCUAACUUUGAAAAGUUUCCAAAGUAUAAAGAUGCUAAUGGAUACUACUGUUUGCUCAAAGCUGGUCAGAUGCUGUAUAUACCACCAAAGUGGUGGCAUUUUGUUGAGUCACAAUCAGUCAGUUUUUCUGUUAGUUUCUGGUGGGAAUAGAAUAGAAUGUCUCAAAAUGUAAGUAGUUUUAUAUAUUUUUUUUUGUUUGUGAUAAUUUAUAUAAUUUAUGUUUUGAAUUAAGUUUUAAAUAGGUAUAUUUUUUGUGAUAAUUAAAAUUAUAUAAAGUUUUAUAAACUUGCUAUAAUACAUAAAAUAGUGAAGAAAUAUUAAAAAACUAGUUCCAUAAAAUUUUUGUAUGUUUUGUAAUUAGAUAAGAUUAAAAAUGUACAGUAGAACAGACUUAUAGUUAUAUUAUAUUAAGAGUUAUAAUUAUAUUAAGAGUAUUUUAUUUAACUUAUUGCUUAUUGGGAAUAUUAAUAUGAUCAAGAUUUUAAUGUAUGGUAAAUAAUCCAUUAUCUGUAAUAAUGGUUAAGCAGUUAAAAUUAUAGAUGAAGAUAAUUCCUUGUAGCUCAUAUAUU